AUGGAACCUUCUGUAGGAGGAGGCCAAAUGGAUGAUGAGGAAGAGUUGAUGGAUAUCGUGGCUGCCAGAAGUCGAGGGGGAAGUGGAGAGGUUGGGCUCAGAGAGCUGGAAAUGUUUGAACUGGAAAUAAUGCAACAGAGAGAAUACGAGCAAUCAAAGCAAGAGGAAAUCCAUCCCAGUACACCAGGCAACACCUUCGUGGGAGACGAAGUCACCGAAGAACUAAAGGAAGAUGAUGUCUCUACGUCGAAGGUAGUACAAGAUCAAAUGUUUAUAACGAAUCAUCCUCAAGUUACCAGCAAAACUCCGUCAGCAGAAGCUGGUCCAGAGGAAGUGCAACCAAGGUUGACUUGUGUACAAAAUCAGCCAGUCAUGGCUACCGCGCAUCCAGGAGCCUAUGCAGUGGCCCCUGGGAACACAAGCAAUGAAAGUACGGCAGAUGACCAAGCCACCACUCCAAGGGAAGGUAUGGAUGGAUUGGUGGUGGCGAACCCGGUUGAAGAAAAUGAAGAACCUACACAGAUUGCUAGACCCGGCCAUUUGCAUGGAAACACCGGAUCAACCUCAAUGACUCUCAUGAUCCUUGUGCUCAUUGGUAGCCUUCUCUUUGUUGGGGCGAUUGUUGGUUCCAUCUGUGGCGCUGGUCUCUGCAGCAACCAAGAAGGUGAUGUGGAGACUCAGGCUCCCACUUCGAUUCGAUAUUCUGUUUUGGAGGAUAUUAAAAACAGAAUAGAAGAGGCUUUUGGGCCUGACUAUUUUCCCGAAAACGAUGAGCCAGAACCCACCCAGCCAAAGUUCAAGGCUCUUGAUUGGAUUGUGUUUGACGAUCCUCUGCAGCUCAACCCACAUGCCAGCAAUCUUCUACAGAGGUUCAUCUUGUCGUUGACUUACUUUCAAACAUCCCGGGAAAGUGAUUGGCUGGAUUGUGGGCCAUCUACAACUGCAAACGAUGAAACAUGCUGGAUUCGAAUGCGGGGUUUUGAAUCAGUGGCAAGUAGGUGGCUCACGGGUGUUCAUGAAUGUCAAUGGGCAGGAAUUUAUUGUGACGGAGAGAAGGACAUUGCUCAGUUGCAGCUUUACCAAAAUGGAUUGAACGGCCCUCUGCCCACAGAACUUGCCAGUCUUACAGCGCUGGAAUCAAUGCACCUGAAAGGGAACCAACUAACAGGAAGUAUUCCAUUGGAAUUGUUUGGAACCAAGCUCUCCUCAUUAUCCUUGGCAAACAAUUCACUAACAGGGACAGUGCCCACAGAAGUUGGACUCUUUGAUGGGACCGUGCUUCAAUUUGGUUCAAACAGCUUGUCUGGUUCCAUUCCCACAGAGCUCUUUCAGACUGGCAAAAGAAUCACCACUUUUCGUUUUAAUGACAAUAUGCUUACAGGAACUCUGCCCACUGAAAUUGCAGCAUUGCAUGGGCUGAAUCAACUCAUCGUCUAUCUGCAAGGUAACCCUUUACGUGGAACCAUCCGAUCCGAAAUAGGACUUCUGCAAGGCUCUCUCAAAGAACUUGAUAUCAGCUGGACCCAUAUGGAUGGCUCCCUACCAGAGGAACUCUUUACAAAGUGUACCAACUUAAUUUCACUUCGGGUCUCCAACUGUGGCUUGACUGGCACCAUAAGCACUGGACUGCAGCUUUUGACAAAUAUACAAACCUUUGAUGUUUCCAACAACAAGUUCCACGGCACCAUCCCAAAACAGCUUUCUGAUCUGACAGAAUUACGUCAGUUUAUUGUGAAUGGGAAUGGCCUUUCUGGUUCCAUGCCAUCAGCUGUCUGUGCUUUGGCUGACCCUGGAAAGGAAUACUUUGAAGUGACAGCUGACUGUCUCCCAAGUGAAGGAACAGGCAAUCCCAUGGUAGAGUGCUCUUGUUGCACUCUGUGUUGUGAUGGUGAUGCAGAAGACUACUGCCUUCCGGUGUAG